GCGUGACUGCGAGUCACAUGAUGUGCCGCUCAGCCAGCAGCUGCGGAAAAUACACAAGAAAAAGUCUGUAAAAUCCUAAACUCAAAAUACGAGAACUACGUAUAGAGGUUUGGAAAACGGGCGAAUUUAAGAAUCACAGAGUUUAUUUAUCGUCUACAUUCCAAGAUGCUGUCUGAAUACAGCGACCUGAGGACAGUGCAACCUGUAAACGUCUUUCUGUGAAGUAUUGUGCACCGGAUCAUUUGAGGAUCUGCACUGAAGAUGAACGCCCUGGUUGCUCUCUGUCACUUCUGUGAGCUCCAUGGCCCCCGGACAUUGUUCUGCACCGAGGCCCUGCACCCUCCAUCCCCCUCGCCCUCCCAGGCAGGGGCCCCGCUGCCCGGGGACAGGGACCGAGACGGGGACCGGGAGGGUGAAGGACUCACCAUGAGGGCCAAUAGCUCGGCCACACAGAGAGGAGACAUGUGCGAGGGUUGUCGAUCCCUGCCUGCAUCUCACCCGGGUUUUGUGAGCAUUGAUGAUGAGACAGGCAUCCGCUUCCUGAGCCACCAGCAUCCCCGACAGCCGCAGCUGUUCAGUGUGGUACGCCAGGCCUGUGUACGCAGCCUCAGCUGUGAGGUUUGUCCUGGGCGUGAGGGCCCGAUUUUUUUUGGAGAUGAGCAGCACGGUUUUGUGUUCUCGCACACUUUCUUCAUCAAAGACAGCCUUGCCAGGGGUUUCCAGCGUUGGUACAGUGUUGUCAUGGUGGCCAUGGAUAGGAUCUACCUCAUCAACUCCUGGCCUUUCUUGUUACGCCACCUUAGACUUACUAUACAGAGCUUGCAAAGCACAGCCCUCAAGGUGUUUGACAGUGAACAAGGAGUUUGUCCUCAGCGAGCAGUGAGGAUGAACAGCGUGUUCUCCCCUGCUGUCUUCCCUCACCAGAGGAGUGGCAACGCAGCCCGCUCGCUGACCUCCCUCACGCAGCACCCCAACCUCUGGGCCAGCCUGCACUCCUCCUUCAGCUGGCUGCUGAAGGCCUGUGGCAGUCGACUGACAGAGAAGUUGCUGGAAGGAGCCCCCACUGAGGACACACUGGUGCUCAUAGAGAGACAGACAGAACAAGAGGAGGAAAUGAGCUGCUGGGAGGGGGCAGAGGGCGGUGGUUCGAGACCACCGAGGCACCAAUCGGAGAGCGAGCUGGACCAAGACUUCCUGUGUGAUGAUGCAAAGUUAGAGGCAUUUCCUGGUCCAAAGUUCAGGUCGCUGAGGCACCUGAGACAGGUGCUCGGUGCUGCUGAGUUUCGUCAGCUUGCGUGGCAUGUGCUCAUGGGAAACCAGGUCAUAUGGCGAGGUGCAGAUCCAGGGCUCAUCCAAUCAGCUUUUACGAUGCUCAAGUCCUUGCUCCCAGUAGGCUGUGUGCGCUCUGUGCCAUACAGUGCCCAGUAUGAAGAAGCCUACAAAUGCAACUUCCUGGGUCUCAGCCCCGAUGUGCCCAUUCCAACCCACGUCAGCUCCUCAGAGUUUUCCGUGUUGGUGGAUGUCAGCAAAGAGAGAAGCUGUCACUUUUCAGCCACAGGUGACGAUGACAUCACCUCACUUUAUCAGUUCACCAUCAGCAGUGCCAACACUCAGCCCACAGACAGGGGACCCACCCUACUGAAUAAACUUGAGGUGGCUUUAUCGAAUGAGAACCUGUCUGUCGACGUGGUGUCUCACUGCCUGUUGUGUCUGAAGGAGGAGUGGAUGAAUAAAGUGAAAGUGCUGUUCAAGUUCUCCAAAGUGGACGGGCGAGGGAGGGAGGACACCCAGAAGGUGCUCACCCUCCUGGGGGCCACGGGGCCAGGGGAGGAGGACAACGUCAGGCUGCUCAAGUUCUGGAUGACCGGGCUCAGCAAAACCUAUAAAAGUCAUCUGAUGACAGCUGUGAGAGGAGGGGAGAGGAGCCCCAGCCAGUGACAGACCGACAGACAGGGAGGGAGGAGGUAGAGGGGUGACGAAAAGGGAAUUGACAAGGAAAAGGGUGAGACAGAGGACAGACAAAUGAUCUUCUAAUGAUCUCUUUUUGUAGCUGGGGGAUUUCCGGUAGAACAAAAGGGAAGAAUAUGAGUGUUAGUGGAUGACUAAAAUGCUUUGGCUCAUCCAUAAUUAUCCCUCUGUGUAAUAAGAAAUCCAUUGUGUUGAUAACCUUGAUUGUUAUCCAGCACAGAAUAACAACAUUCAGUUUUGGAUGAUGUGUAAGGGUUUUUAUUUGUCAUAGGGAAUUGUUAUAUUGAUGUUUUCAUACUAAUAUGUAAAAUAUAAGUUAUUACAAAAGACUCGGUGGUUUGUUAACUCAUUUAUAGAUGUUUUAAAACAAAAUAAAUGAAUUUGUACAGUU